AUGGCCCCUGCCAAUUCAUCUUACAUCAUCGUCGGCGCGGGGGUUUUUGGAGUAUCCACUGCAUACCACCUUAUUCGAAAGUAUCCCGAGGCGUCGGUGACUCUUAUCGACCGAGAUGCAUUUGACGCUGAUAAUCGGGUUGCCGCGUCGUGGGACUGGAACAAGGUGAUGCGAGCCGACUACGACGACCCCGUAUACUGCGAACUGGCGCUAGAAGCGCAAGACGUGUUUACGUCUGAUCCUCUGUGGAAGCCCUUUUUCCACCAGACCGGGCUCUACUGGAUGUGCGGGCGCGACUAUGCCCGCGACUGCAUCAGCAACUUUGAGAGACUCGGCCGCCACAAUGACAUUUCCGUCUGGCCCGUCGAGGCGGCUCGCAAAAUGUUUCGAGGGCUGUUCAACGAGUCUGACUAUACAAAUGUAGAGCAGGUGCUCGUGAACAAAGCCAGUGGCUGGGUUGCCGCCGGAGAUUGCCUGCAGGCCGUCACCCGCAGAAUCGUGGAGCUGGGCGUCAAGUAUGUGGCCGAGGAGGUGGCGACACUGCAGUUUGACCGGAGCGGACGGUGUACCGGUGUGAAGACUGCCCAAGGCCGGAACCUACGGGCAUCCCAUGUUGUUCUCUGCACCGGCGCCUUCACGCCCAAGCUGCUGGAAAUGAGCGCCGCGACGAGCGGCUUAAACACUCUGCAGGCCGGUUCAAGGAUCCUGGCCGGCGGAAUCACGACUGGCAUGACACGACUCGAUGACGACUCAUACCCCAAGUUUGCAGAUAUGCCGGUUGGCAUCCAAGGAUAUACGACACUGAAAGCUGACGGUUCGCUCAUGCCAGCUCCAUUCAUGGGAAGUCUGCCUCCAACCAAAGACAGGGAGCUCAAGUGGUGGGGACAGAAGAUUUUCAAGAACACCAAAGAGGUUCUCCCAGGACGCUUCAUCUCGAUGCCUCCGGCGGAAGCGGACUAUGCGCAGUGGAAGAUUUCCGAAAGGCUCAAGGAAGACAUUCUCAACGUGAGCAGCGUCUUCUAUGGAAACCAAGUUGCGAAAUGGAAGUUUGAGAAGCACCGCAUCUGCUGGGAUGCCUUCACCACCAGCUCCGACUUCAUCAUCUCGCCACACACGGCGUCAAAGGGACUCUACGUGGCAACCUGCGGCUCUUUCCACGGGUACAAGUUCUUCCCUGUCAUUGGGAAAUACGUAGUCGACAUGUUGGAGAGCUCGCUCUCUGCACAGCUGGCCAAGAAGUGGGCGUGGGAUCGCGAAAGACCCGACCCGUCAGUCAACCCCGACUGGCCGAGUUUCGAAAUGAAGGACCUGUUGGAUCCCGUGAGGGAAUCCAGGCUUUAG